AUGGACCAGGAAGAUGGAAUCUCCUCAACAGCCAAGGAAGCAUGGAGACUGCCAGGACUGAGCAUGCUGCAACAAAAAGAAGCUUAUAACAUGUGGAAGACAACUGCACACGAUUACGAUGAGCUGCAUGCACCUGCUCCUUUAACUGCCAAUGAACUCAUGCUCAAAAGGCUAGCGGAACCGGCAUUUCAGUUGCGACAAACUAAGAUUACAGAUGAUCUUACUCUCUCUGGUCUUCCUAACUUUAGUGGAGGAAAGUUGUUCGAAGAUCCGGUGACUCUGGAAACGGGUCAAACCUUCGAGAGAAUGGCCAUCAAGGAAUGGUUUAAUCAGGGAAAAAGAACCUGUCCAGUAACAGGGAAAUCAUUGGAUUAUUCGUCGCUGCCGCAUACCAACGUUAUUUUGAAACAUAACGCACGCGUCGCAGCACUUCUUUCCUGUUGCAUCGAAGCAGAUUCAGUCUGCAGAUACCAAAUAGCGAGAGACAUUAACAAACAGUGUCUAUUCGAGCUGGUUUGCAGCGAGCAAGUAAGUUCGAGGACAAAUGCAGUGAUGUUAUUGACAGAACUGAUAUGCUUGAGCAGGAGGAAAGAUGUCCCACUACUAGUAAGUGACUUGCAAGAUGAAGAGAUAACGAAUAUUAUGUAUUCUAUUCAUGAUUAUCUCCAAAAUUCUCCUCUUGUACGAAGACCCUUGGUUGCCACACUGUUGUUGAACAUAGAUCUGCUGGUAGAUCCUAAAAAAUAUGGCUUAUACAGAAAUCAGGCUGUUGAUGCCAUUACAGAAGCACUGGAUAGCAGCUUAAUCGAUGAGGAGGUUCGAGAAAAAUGUUGCAGAGCACUACUUAUCCUGGGGGGACGUUUUUCUUUGUCAGGGAAGUUAUUGACAGAGGACUGUAUUCUGAAGGUAGCUGGGUUCAAAGAUGACCAUGAAGCGAACUCUAUCAAAAAAGAAGCGGAUUUAUAUUUUGAUGACAGCUCGGGAAAAGGGGAUUUGGUGACUGCUUGCCUAGCAACUGUAGCGUGGUUGACCGGCGUAUUACCAUCACCAACUGAUGAUACCGAGUUGCAGCAGACCUUAUGCACUCUUAUCUCCCAGCUCAAACAAAACCUUGAAAGUGGUGCACAAGUUCAACACAAGUUUAUUGCUUCUAUGUCUUUGCUGAACUUAAAACCCAGAAUACAGGGUCCUGCUAAUGACGAUUGCAGAAGAUAUGGCGAGUCUUCUAAGAAGCCUUACUGA